AUGUCCUUCGCCCCGCAGAGGCCCCAUCGCAUCAUUCAUCGCCUCGCUGUCAGCACCAUAGGACAGCCACUCUGGAUGUAUGCGAGCGACCAGCAACUGGUGAAGAGUAUAUUGGACGUCCUGGAAGGGCUGAUGCGGCUCGAAGAUCUUGGGAUAGUCCGUCACGGCAUCGAUCCGGGCAACAUCUUCCUCGCAGGGCGCGUCUGCGACGGUCCGUAUACUUAUGUCAUCGACCUUGACCACACUGAAUCUGGGUCGAGAGUCCCCGCACCUGCACACCAACCCGGAAACGUGGCCGAGUCUCUCGCAUAUGCUCUCAGCUACGCAAUGCUGAGGAAGUGUUUGGUACUCGCGCUGAAAGGUGAUAAAGAUGGGAGGUAUCCGGAGUCUAAGAACGCAGCCGCGUUUGAGCACUUGAUGGAAUCGUAUACAAGUAUCUUCGGACCAACGGACGACGCAUGCUUUCGUAAUAGUCAUUUCAGCAAGUUCAUCUGGAUCUACGCUACUCGAACAAACCCGAAGGUGGAGGCAUGGAUGUGGGACCAUGGCCCAGGCGCACCGCUCAUUGGUGUCUUCGUUGAACUGUACGAGGCACAGUCGACCUCGCGCGUUCAAAGUAUGAUGGCUUCAAGCAAGCAGCGCCGCUCUCGGCCGAGCACGGAACGCGUUUUGGAAGUUGCGCCCUGGAUCGACUUCGAAACUCUGAAGGCUCUACUUCAGAACGCGCUCGAGGAAGAAACCUCGAACCCCUCAGAGCGUAUACAUACAUGA